ACUGAGCAUGGGGACAAGUCUGCACUCUCUAGCACAGAGAUUGCUUUCUUCUACAGCUUUUCACUUUUGAUGCUCUUUUUUACUGGCCUCAACCACAGUGCAAGAAUCAUUUCUUUGAAGCACUGAUUUACUUAGGAUUGAGUACCUAUUAUUUAUGUACCCACCAACUUCUCAAUAAUAUACCAUACCUUAUGCCACCUGGGACAUCAAUAUAGCUUAUUUUUUUCACUUUGGUUCCCUAACACAAGGAUUAGUUGUAUUCUGGAUGUGAAUAUUAAGCAACUUUUUAGCCUCCAGCUUUGAAGUGGAUUCCUUUCUGUCCUGAAUGACAAUGUUUGAUACACAGCAUCAAUAUAUGAUGCCAAGGUCAAAAAGGAGGGCUGUGCUCCUGCUGGGCUACUUUCUUAUGCUUUUGGGAUGCUCGGCUGGUCAACAAUCUUUUAAUGCAGAAUCCAGACUUGGAACACAGGAUGCAAAGGAUGGGUCUACUGUUGUUAGUAGGACCCGCAGGAGGGGAUCACAGUAUUCUUUGCACGGGCCAAAUGUAUGCGGAUCUAGGUUUCACUCUUACUGUUGCCCUGGGUGGAAGACACUUCCUGGAGGAAACCAGUGUAUUGUUCCAAUUUGUAGAAAUAGCUGUGGAGAAGGAUUCUGCUCCCGUCCAAACAUGUGCACAUGCUCCAAUGGACAAGUGGCCCCAGCCUGCAUUUCUAAAACUGUCUCUCAGUGUAGCAUUCGAUGCAUGAAUGGAGGAACAUGUGUUGAGGAUCAUUGUCGCUGUCAAAAGGGUUAUAUUGGAGCUCAUUGUGGACAACCUGUCUGUGAAAACAGUUGCCAGAACGGAGGCCGUUGCAUUGGACCCAAUCGAUGUGCCUGUGUUUAUGGAUUUACUGGUCCUCUGUGUGAAAGAGACUACAGAACAGGGCCCUGCUUCACUCAAGUCAGCAAUCAGAUGUGUCAGGGUCAGGUGACGGGUAUCGUAUGCACAAAAACUCUCUGCUGUGCAACCAUUGGACGUGCCUGGGGACACCCAUGUGAGAUGUGCCCUGCUCAACCACAUCCCUGCCGUCGUGGCUACAUUCCCAAUGUACGCAGUGGAGCCUGCCAAGAUAUUGAUGAAUGUCAAGCAAUUCCAGGACUCUGCCAAGGAGGAAACUGCAUUAAUACAGAUGGAUCUUAUGAAUGCAAGUGUCCUAUUGGUCAUAAGCAGAGUGAAACAACACAAAAGUGUGAAGACAUUGAUGAAUGCAGCACUAUUCCUGGUAUUUGUAAUGGAGGAGAAUGUUCCAACACGAUUGGUAGCUAUUAUUGCCUUUGCCCACGUGGAUUUCUGACAUCUGUUGAUGGAUUACAGUGUAUAGAUCAGAGAUCUGGUGCUUGCUUCUCCAGCCUGAUAAAUGGACGCUGUGCGCAGGAGAUAACAGGCCGAUUUACAAAAAUGCAGUGUUGUUGUGAAUCUGGUCGUUGUUGGGCGCUGGGGACCUUACCGGAGUUGUGUCCAGUCAGAGGCUCUGAUGACUACCGAAGGCUUUGCAUUGAGGGUGUUCCAUUUGGGGGUCCAAGACCUGGAGGUCCAAAUGUAUUCGGCCCCAAUGUGUUUGGCCCUGGAAAUGGAUAUAUUCCUGUACCUGGUGGCAAUGGAUUUCCUCCCAUUGUAGGGGGAACAGGCAUAGAUGGAGCAGGCACUGGCGGCAAUGGAGGUGUUGCAACAUUAAAUCAAACCAUAGACAUAUGCAAACAGUACCCAAAUCUUUGUCUAAAUGGACGGUGUAUUCCCCACCUUAAUAGCUAUCGCUGUGAAUGUAAUUUGGGCUAUAAGCAAGAUACACACACAGAAUGCAUUGAUGUGGAUGAGUGCACAUCAAAUCCAUGUAAUAAUGGUGACUGUGUUAAUACUCCUGGAUCAUAUUACUGUAAGUGCCAUUCUGGCUUCCAAAGAACUCCCGCCAAACAAGCUUGUAUUGAUAUUGAUGAGUGCAUUCAAAAUGGCAUUCUCUGCAAACAUGGUCGGUGUGUAAACACAGAAGGAAGCUUUCAAUGCAUCUGCAAUGCUGGAUUUGAACUAACUGCUGAUGGCAAGAACUGUGCAGAUCAUGAUGAAUGUGCCACUACAAAUAUGUGUUUAAAUGGAAUGUGUAUAAAUGAGGAUGGCAGCUUCAAGUGCAUCUGUAAACCAGGAUUUGUCCUGGCAGCCAAUGGUCGCUAUUGUACAGAUGUUGAUGAGUGUCAGACACCAGGCAUAUGUAUGAAUGGACAUUGUAUCAACACAGAAGGGUCUUUUCGCUGUGAAUGUCCUCCUGGUUUGGUUGUUGGGGUAGAUGGACGUGUUUGUGUUGAUACCCACGUGCAUAGCACUUGCUAUGGAGCCAUCAAAAAAGGGGUUUGUGUCUAUCAAUUUCCCAGAGCAGUGACCAAGUCUGAGUGUUGUUGUGCCAACCCAGACUAUGGGUUUGGAGAACCAUGCAAACCAUGUCCACCACGCAACUCAGCUGAAUUUCAUGGACUCUGCAGUGGAGGAAUAGGAAUUACUGUUGAUGGAAGAGACAUCAAUGAAUGUGCUCUUGAUCCUGACAUCUGUCCCAAUGGAGUUUGUGAAAACCUGCGAGGAGGCUUCCGCUGUAAUUGUAAUAGUGGCUAUGAAUCAGAUUCUUCAGGAAGGAUUUGUAUUGACAUCGAUGAAUGCUUAGUAAAUAGACUGCUGUGUGACAAUGGUCUCUGCCGAAAUACACCAGGAAGUUACACCUGCUCAUGUCCCAAGGGGUAUUUAUUCAGGUCUGAUACUGAUACUUGUGAAGACAUUAAUGAAUGUGAAAAGAGUCCAUGUGUUAAUGGGGCAUGUAGAAAUAUUCUUGGCUCAUUUCACUGUGACUGUUCUCCUGGAAGUAAGCUGGAUUCCACUGGCCUCAUCUGCAUAGACAGCUUGAAAGGAACGUGCUGGCUCAAUGUACAAGAUAAUCGCUGUGAGGUCAACAUAAAUGGAGCCACUCUUAAGUCAGAAUGCUGUGCAACACUGGGCGCUGCAUGGGGAAGUCCUUGUGAAAAAUGUGAAUUUGAUCCAGCCUGUCCACGUGGAUUUGCAAGAGUGAUGGGAGUUUCAUGUGAAGAUGUCAAUGAGUGUGAAGUCUUUCCUGGUGUGUGCCCUAAUGGCAUUUGUGUCAAUUCUAUGGGAUCGUUUUCCUGUAAGUGCCCUGAUGGGCUAACUCUGGAUGGAACAGGCAGACUUUGUUUAGAUCUACGUAUGGAGCAGUGUUUCCUAAAAUGGGAUGAAGAUGAGUGUGUCCAUCCAGUUCCUGGCAGGUUCCGUCUAGAUGCCUGCUGUUGUACUAUAGGACAAGCCUGGGGUAGUGAAUGUGAGGAGUGUCCAAAGCCUGGUACUGCUGAAUACGAUAUCAUCUGUCCAAGAGGUCCUGGCUUUACGAACAGGGGAGAUGUUUUAUCAGGGAGACCUUUCUAUAAAGAUAUAAAUGAAUGUAAGGCUUUCCCUGGAAUAUGUACAAAUGGAAAAUGCAAAAAUACUAUUGGAAGCUUCAAGUGUAAAUGUGACAGUGGGUUUGCUUUGGAUAUGGAAGAAAGGAACUGCACAGAUAUUGAUGAAUGCAGAAUUUCUCCUGACCUCUGUGGUAGCGGCACUUGUGUGAAUACCCCUGGCAGUUUUGAAUGUGACUGCUUUGAAGGCUUUGAGAGUGGCUUCAUGAUGAUGAAGAAUUGCAUGGACAUAGACGAGUGUGAACGGAACCCUCUGUUGUGCAGAGGAGGAGAAUGUGUGAACACUGAGGGCAGCUUUCUGUGUAAUUGCCCCCCUGGACAUGAGCUCACAUCAACAGGGGAUGCCUGUGUAGAUGUCAAUGAGUGCUCACUGAGUGACAAUCUCUGUAGAAAUGGAAAAUGUGUGAAUAUAAUUGGCACAUAUCAAUGUUCCUGUGACCCAGGAUAUCAAUCCACUCCAGACCGACUAGGCUGCAUAGAUAUUGAUGAGUGUAAGAUAAUGAAUGGGGGAUGUGAUACACAUUGUGAAAACUCAGAAGGAAGUUAUCAAUGUAGUUGCUUUGAUGGCUAUGCGUUACUGCCGGACUCGAGAACCUGUGGAGAUAUUGAUGAAUGUGAAGACAACCCUGAUAUCUGUGAUGGAGGACAGUGCACCAAUAUUCCAGGAGAGUACCGCUGUCUCUGCUAUGAUGGGUUUAUGGCGAGCAUUGACAUGAAAACAUGCAUAGAUGUUAAUGAAUGCGACAUCAAUUCGAACAUCUGCAUGUUUGGUGAAUGUGAGAACACCAAAGGAUCCUUUGUAUGUCACUGUCAGGUGGGGUAUUCAGUGAAAAAGGGAACGACUGGAUGUACAGAUGUGGAUGAGUGUGAUAUUGGUGCUCACAACUGUGAUCUACAUGCUACAUGCCUGAACGUCCCUGGAAGCUUUAAAUGUUCUUGUAAGGAAGGAUGGAUAGGCAACGGAAUCACAUGCCAUGACCUUGAUGAAUGCGCCAACGGAACUCACCGGUGCAGCAUUUCUGCCCAUUGUCUAAACACCCCAGGCUCAUACAAGUGCUCUUGCCUUGAAGGCUAUACUGGCGAUGGAUUUACAUGUUCAGAUGUUGACGAGUGUGCGGAAAAUGUUAAUCUGUGUGAGAAUGGACAAUGUUUGAAUAUUCCCAGUUCGUUUCGAUGUGAAUGUGAGAUGGGCUUCACUCCAGCUCCAGACAGUAAAUCCUGCCAAGAUAUUAAUGAGUGUUAUUUCGAGAAUAUUUGUGUGUUUGGAACCUGUCGGAAUCUUCCAGGCAUGUUUCAGUGCGUCUGUGAUGAUGGUUACGAGUUGGACCGCUCAGGAGGAAAUUGCACAGAUGUGGAUGAGUGUGCAGAUCCUAUCAACUGUGUUAAUGGCUUCUGUGUUAACACUCCUGGAAGAUAUGAAUGCAACUGUCCACCUGACUUUCAGCUUAAUCCCACCGGAGUGGGCUGUGUAGAUACAAGAGUGGGUAAUUGUUAUCGGAACUAUGGACCUCGUGGUGAUGGAACUAUCUCCUGUAGUACAGAGAUUGGUGUUGGUGUGAGCCGGUCAUCAUGCUGCUGCUCUCGUGGAAGGGCAUGGGGAAACCCUUGUGAGAUUUGUCCACCAGUUAACAGCUCUGAAUAUAAUACAUUGUGCCCUGGUGGAGAAGGCUUCAGACCUAACCCUAUUACCAUUCUUUUAGAAGAUAUUGAUGAGUGCCAGGAAUUACCAGGUCUGUGCCAAGGUGGUAAUUGUAUUAAUACAUUUGGAAGCUUCCAGUGUGAAUGUCCACAAGGCUACUAUCUCAGUGAGGAAACUCGUAUAUGUGAAGAUAUUGAUGAAUGCGUCACUAAUCCCGGAGUUUGUGGACCAGGAAUAUGCUACAAUACUUUGGGGAACUUUACAUGCAUAUGCCCUCCAGAGUACAUGCAAGUCAACGGUGGACACACUUGUAUGGAUAUGAGGAAGAGUUAUUGUUACAGAACUUAUAAUGGAACCAUGUGUGAGAAUGAACUGCCUUUUAAUGUCACAAAAAAGAUGUGCUGCUGUACAUAUAAUAUCGGCAAAGCCUGGAGUAAACCUUGUGAACCAUGCCCAACUCCUGGAACAGUUAAUUUCAGAAACCUCUGUGGAGCUAUCCCUGGAUUCACCUUCGAUAUACACACUGGUAAAGCUGUAGACAUUGAUGAAUGUACAGAGAUCCCUGGAAUUUGUGCAAAUGGGGUAUGCAUUAAUCAGAUAGGCAGUUUCCGUUGUGAAUGCCCAACAGGAUUUAACUACAAUGAUUUACUUCUAGUUUGCGAAGACAUUGACGAAUGCUCCAGUGGUGAUUAUUUCUGCCAGAGAAAUGCAGAUUGCUUAAACAGUCCUGGGAGUUACCGCUGUGAAUGUUCUGCUGGGUUUAAGCUGCUGCCCAAUGGUGCUUGCAUUGAUCGCAAUGAAUGCCUGGAAAUUCCCAAUGUUUGCAGUCAUGGCAUAUGCGAGGACACGCUGGGCAGUUAUUACUGUGUAUGCAACAAUGGCUUCAAGGCGUCUUCAGAUCGUACAAUGUGCAUGGAUAUCGAUGAAUGUGAGCGUCAGCCAUGUGGAAACGGAACUUGUAAAAACACAGUGGGAUCAUAUAACUGUCUCUGCUAUCCUGGAUUUGAGCUUUCUCAUAAUAAUGACUGCAUGGAUAUUGAUGAAUGCAGUUCCUUUCCUGGCCAGGUAUGCAGAAAUGGCCAUUGUCUUAAUAAUAUUGGCUCCUUCAUCUGUUUGUGUAAUGAAGGUUAUGAACUCACUGUUGAUGGCAAGAACUGUAUUGACAUCAAUGAAUGCAUUGCUUAUCCUGGAUCAUGUGCUCCUGGAACCUGUCAGAACUUGGAAGGCUCAUUCAGAUGCAUUUGCCCUGUGGGGUAUGCAGUCCAGGGUGAUAACUGCAUAGACAUUGAUGAAUGUAUUGAAGAGCCAAAUAUAUGCCUUUUUGGAACCUGUGCAAACACCCCAGGAAGUUUUCAAUGCAUUUGUCCACCUGAAUUUGUUUUAUCAGAUAAUGGGAGAAGAUGUUUUGAUACCCGGCAAAGCUUUUGUUUUACCAAAUUUGAAAAUGGGAAAUGUUCAGUUCCCAAAGCAUAUAACAACACUAAAGCAAUCUGUUGCUGCAGCACAAUGACAGGAGAGGGCUGGGGAGAUCCAUGUGAGCUUUGUCCAAAAGAAGGAGAAGUGGCUUUUCAAGAUUUAUGUCCAUUUGGACAUGGUACCAUCACAGGUCCUGAAGGGGACAGAGAAGAUGUCAAUGAAUGCCUAGAAAACCCAGGAAUUUGUUCAAACGGUCUCUGUAUUAAUACGGAUGGAUCUUUCCGAUGCGAGUGUCCUAUGGGUUAUAAUCUAGAUUAUACAGGAAUCACCUGUGUUGAUACCGAUGAAUGUUCUAUUGGCAAUCCAUGUGGGAAUGGAACAUGCAUUAACGCUAUUGGUACUUUUGAGUGCACCUGUGAUGAAGGAUUUGAACCUGGACCUAUGAUUAACUGUGAAGAUAUUAAUGAGUGUGCAUUAAACCCUCUGAUCUGUGCAUUCAGAUGUAUUAAUACAUAUGGUUCAUAUGAAUGCACUUGUCCUGCUGGAUAUGUUCUUAGAGAAGAUCAGAAGAUGUGUAAAGAUCUCGAUGAGUGCUUGGAAGGGUUCCAUGACUGUGAAUCCAGGGGUAUGAUGUGUAAAAACCUCAUUGGGACAUUUAUGUGUAUUUGUCCUCCUGGAAUGACUCGAAGACCAGAUGGAGAAGGUUGCAUAGAUGAGAAUGAAUGCCGGGCAAGACCAGGCAUCUGUGAAAAUGGCCGUUGUGUCAAUACCAUUGGAAGCUAUCGAUGUGAUUGCAAUGAAGGAUUUCAGCCAUCUCUUACAGGAAUCGAAUGCCUUGAUACACGCCAGGGAUUCUGCUUCUCUGAAGUUCUACAAACAAUGUGUCAGAUGUCUUCUAGUAGUCGCAAUCACGUCACUAAAUCUGAAUGUUGCUGCAAUGGAGGUAGAGGUUGGGGGAAUCAGUGUGAGCUCUGCCCUCUACCAGGUACCACUCAGUAUAAGAAGCUUUGCCCACAUGGUCCUGGAUACACAACUGAUGGAAAAGAUAUUGAUGAGUGUAAAGUGAUGCCAAACCUGUGUCGCAAUGGGCAGUGUGUCAACAACAUCGGCUCUUUUAGAUGCUUUUGUAAUUUUGGCUACACAACUGAUAUUGGAGGCACUUCAUGUGUUGAUCUGGAUGAGUGCUCACAGUCUCCCAAGCCAUGCAAUUUUAUCUGUAAGAACACAGAAGGCAGCUAUCAGUGUUCAUGUCCUCGAGGCUAUAUUAUGCAAGAAGAUGGAAAAACAUGUAAAGAUCUCGAUGAAUGUCAAACCAAGCAGCACAACUGCCAGUUCCUUUGUGUCAACAACGUUGGAAGUUUCAGUUGUAAAUGUCCUCCGGGCUUUACCCAACAUCACACGGCGUGCAUUGAUAACAACGAAUGUGGUUUGCAGUCUGGCUUAUGUGGUCCUAAAGGAGUAUGCCAGAACACCCCUGGAAGCUUCACUUGUGAAUGUGAAAGAGGAUUUUCCCUGGAUUCAACUGGCUUAAAUUGUGAUGAUGUUGAUGAGUGUGAUGGAAAUCACAGAUGUCAACAUGGAUGUCAGAAUGCAGCUGGUGGGUACCGCUGUAGCUGUCCACAGGGCUUCGUUCAGCAUUACCAAUGGAACCAGUGUGUUGAUGAGAAUGAAUGUUCAGCGCCAAACACAUGUGGCUCUGCUUCAUGUUACAAUACAUUAGGCAGCUACAAAUGUGCUUGUCCACCAGGAUUCUCCUUUGACCAGUAUUCUACUUCUUGCCAUGAUGUGAAUGAGUGCACUUCAAGCAAUCCUUGUAAUUAUGGCUGUUCUAACACAGACGGAGGCUAUGUCUGUGGAUGUCCUCCUGGAUACUAUAGAGUUGGGCAAGGCCACUGUGUGUCCAGCUUGGCAUUUAACAGAGGCCAGUAUUUACCUACUGCCAGAGAGGAAAGGGAGGAGAAUGAAUUGUCCCCAGAAGCAUGCUAUGAAUGUAAAGUAAAUGGCUAUCCAAAGAAAACUGGAAGGGCAAAAAGAAGUUCGAAUGACACAGAGUCUGAAACGAAUGAAGAUAUAAGUCUGAAGAGCCUAGAUAUAGAAGAGCCACUGAAGAUAAUGUUAAACAUCUCGGAAUUAAAGAAAAAGAAGCACAUCCUGGAAAUUAUGCCAGCAAUUCAGCCUCUUAAUAACCACGUACGCUAUGUUAUCUCCAACGGUAAUGACACUGUCUUCCGCAUUAAUCAGAAAGAUGGACUCAGUUACCUUCACAUAGCUCAGAAGAAUGUUUUACCAGGAACUUACACACUGGACAUUACCAGCAUUCCCCUUUAUAAGAAAAGUGACAUUGCUAAACUGGAAAAAAAACAUGAUGAAAACUACCUCUUAGGAGAACUUGGGGAGACUCUCAAAAUGAGACUACAAAUUGAUAUCUCUUAACAUUAGGCACAAAUGCAAACUCCAGCCAGUUUUAUCACGUCCACCUCUUUAUCUAUCUGAGCAUGUUCUCUUUUUGAAAGCUUUAAGGAGUCAGUGACCAUUCUUAAUGGACCACUUUUUUGUACUUCACCAGCACAAUGAUGUUUUCAAGGCAUAUCAUAUACAAUUAUGUUAUUAUAAGACAUGUCAUCUACGGUUAUAUUAACUGAAGUAUAGCCUCAAAUUUGUUCAUCAGUUCAAGUUAAAAUAUUCUAUCUGUGACCCAAGGUCUUGUGCCAGUACUACAGACUGCACACAGAUAGGACAUAUUAAUUAGAAUUUGGGUUGAAAAUCAAAUUUUUUGUUUUUCAAUAUAUUUAAUAUUAAGUUUUCAAAAUUCUCAUAUAAAAUUUUACUAUGUUAACAUUUAAGCCAAUUUUGUCAAAAUCUAAGUUGACAUUUUUUCAAUGUCUGUAGUAUUACAUUGCUUGAAAAAGUCAUGGACACAUUGAUUGCAUUGAUCCUGACAAAUUAAGAUAUCAUUUAUGGGCACAAAAACUUGGGUCAAGCAGUAUAGCUGACAUAUUUUUUUAAACAAAUGUUUCAAAAAAUGUUGAAAAUUAUUAGUGACUAUACCCGACUCUCUGAGUGAUGCAAUAUAACUUGACUCAGGGAUCUGGAAAAGAAGCUUACAAAUAUUCAUUAUGGAUAAAAAUACAUGAAUACAUAGAAAAGGCCUGGGCAUUCUAACUUCCGAUUGGUUUCUACUUUCUGGAAUAGAUUUUAGAUCUGUUCACACAACCAUCAUGGCUUCCGUUCUUAUGAGAACAAUGAAAGCCGUGACACAUCUGUUUUAAACAGAUCACAAUCAAUCCUGAUGGAUCUCAGUGAUUUUGAGUUGGUCCAUCAGGAUUCUGGCGCUGCAGACAGACUAUGCUAUUCUUGAUGUCAAAAAGGAAAAGAAAACAGAACAAAGUGCUAACCACCAACUGAAGCAAUAAAGGUUUCAAAUAUCUUGUGUAACACUGAGGUUAUUAUUCUGUUAAUCAUCUACAACUUUUUGGGGAUAUUUUGCUAUUGUCUGUAGUAAAAUGUUAAUGUAUAUUUAUUUGCUGCAGUAAUAUAUGGGAUACAUAGUGAAAAUUAAUUUAAACAAGCAUGGAGCCUUUGUUGUUUAUCUAAUAUGUCAUAAUUGAGCCAUUUUCUACACAGUUAGGGCUCAUGCACAUGACCGUAUGUAUUUUGCGGUCCGCAAAAAACGGAUCCUCAAAAAAUAUGGAUGACGUCCGUGUGCUUUCUGUAUUUUGCGGAACGGAACAGCCGGCCUCUA